UACCAUCAUACUUACGUGCAUUAUUAACCACUCGGAUUGGAGAGCGGGUACUAAUAUUGCGGAUUGAUGUAUUUCAGUUAAAAGACCCGAAGUAGUAAAGCCUUGUGUAAAAAUAGCACUUGGCGCGAUUAUUGCACUUAAAUAAUUUUUUUUUUUGAAAUACGGAACGAUAUGAAUAAUGGAGAAACCCCAUGAAAGGAAGAGUAAUGAUUCAUAUAAAUUACUUAAUGGGAAAUGCUCCGAAUAAAUCCAACGAGUGAUUAAUAAUCCUGUUAUACAGAAAAAAGUCGCCAUCAUGCCCUUUUCUGAUGAAUCAUAUAGUUUUACUAUUUCAUUGACUAAUAAGGUUGUUAUUAAAUGAAUUGUAAUUACAAUUGAAACGAUAGAAAAGGAAAUAUGAGUUAAUAUAUGUUCUAAGGUUAAAAAUAUCAUAAAAAAAAAGAGGAAUCCUUUAAUGACGGAAUGGAAAUUGGGAAUUGAAUUCAUUAUAAGAUCUAUUCUAUCUUUUUUAGAAGACGGCAUGCCGCUACUCGGACUCGAACCGAGAUGCUCUAGCACUGCUUCCUAAGAGCAGCGUGUCUACCAAUUUCACCAUAGCGGCUUUCCUUUCUCAAAUUUAUAAUAGACUAUUCAUAUUCAAUUGUCGAGAUUGAAGAAGUCAAUUCAAUGUAGUAUUUUUUAGGAAACAUUCAAAUUGAUGAAUAAAAAUUCAUAGAAAUUUGAAGGUUCAUUAUUUUAGAUUAGGGUAUCCGUUUUUCGAUCUUUUGUGUAAUUUAUACUCUUCUGGAAUUGAACUGUUGUAACUGGAUAGUUCUAUCCCUGGAUAGGGGAUAGAACUCAAAAAAAGCGCUUUUUCUCAUUUUCAUUUUUUAAGGAUUCAUUUCUCAUUUAUCUAAUUUUAUAAAUCUGAAACAAAAAAUGGAUUUUAUCAAUGAACACAAAAUAGAAUCUAUUUUGAAUCACUUAAAUUUGACACAUUUUUCAUAGUUAAUAUCCCAAUUAAAAACUUUUAUAGAUUGGGUUGAAAGCGGCAAAUAUAUAGGAGUAUAUAUAUUAAUUCAUAUCUAUAGUAAUUCAUCGAAAUAAUAAUUCAGAAAAUGAGAUUACAAAAAAGUUUUAAACUUAUAGUUUCAACGAUUCAUUAAUUUUGACUAAAAAUCUUAUAUCUGCUCUUUUAUAGAUAUAUAAAUAGAGAAAAAAGAAUAAACUUUUAUUAUUCUUUUAUUAGUAGGUCGAUGAGGAAAAUAGGAAUUCUUACCCCAGAACUAGAAAUAAAAAAAAUAGACUAAAAAGAAAGGUAAACCUUUGUAUCUUGUGUUUAUUUUUUUUUUUCAAAGAAAAGUAUUUUUUUUAGAAUUUAGUAAAAAGAAAAAUACUUAUUCUACAAAUCAUAAGAGUGAAAAGAAUUUCAAAUCAUAUUGAUUAGUCCAAAACAGUAGGUAAUGGGAAUAUUUUAUUUUAUAUUAUAAAUAAAAUUAGCCAACCUUUUUAGUCAAGUCGAUUCAGAUUAUUACAACUUUGGAUUACUUAUUUGUUUGUCGCACAAAAAAACUUUUUGAAUUUCCGGUUGAAAGAGAUUUCCCUAACGAAAAAGCUUUUAAAGCUGCCCAAUAUCCUUUCUUUUUCCAAAUUUUUUUACGAAUACGCUUUUUUGAUAUAGAAGUACGUUUUUUUGGAACUGCCAUUUAAAAAUCAAGAGGUUACUCAUUAUUCUAGUUGGAUGUGAAAGACAUCUAUUGUUCAAAAGGAAUCAUUCUUUACUAUUCAUUAUCUAUUUGUUUUUUAGAUAGCAUUCUCUUCAAAAAAAAGGGAUAUGAUAUGUAAUUUUUUUCUAGUAAUUGGUCAAAAUCGAGGAAAGAAUACGCCUAAUUGGACUUUUCAAAUUCGAAUGAAACUAGUAACUAAAGCAUACAUAGCUUGAUAAACGAAAUUUUAGUAAUGUAAUUUUUUUUUAUUUAAAAAAAAAAAAA